CUAAGAACAGAUCAUGUCCAAAGCAGAGGCGUUUAGAGACACAAACCUCCGCUCUCUGCUCAGAGAGGUGCGUACUGACAUCGCUAUGGCCGUGGAUGAUCCAUUCCCUCUCAUAUAUGGACUGGUGGACAAAAACGUCAUCACUGAACAACUCCUGAAGGACACUUUGGAGAAGGAAGGUAGAGAGGGGAUCCACAAGGCCAUGUACUCCCUGGUGUCCUGGGUGCUGGAACAGAGCAGAUCCACCGUCCAGGCCUUCUGGAGCAACAUGUCUAAGGACUACAAUCUGGACAGCUACCCCAAGCUACAGACACUGCUCUCUAACCUGCAGUCCAAAAGAGACGCUUCAGGUUCCAAGAGCGAAAGCAAAUCCUCCGGCGGUCACAAAACUCCUCACGGCAAGAAGAGGAGCCAUGGGGACAGAGGGACAAACUCUCACGAUCACGGUUCACGGUACCAUGCCAAGACGACCGAUGGAGCAGGGAGUAAAGUGAAGCUGUACAGGGUGAAGAGUGAAGAUCCAAACACGCAGCCGCCAUCUGCAAACGGUGUGCAGGUUGUGUCCUCCUCAGUCCAGAGAAUGUUCCCCCUUUCGUCUUCGUCCUCGGCUUCCUCCUCCGCGGAGCCACCAGUCAGUCAAGAAGCCAGAGAAAAUACACAUUUCAAGCAUGAGUACAGCUCAGAUGGGUCCUCCAGGAAGUCCAUUAAAGAUGGCGUAGAGGUUUACACUUGUGCUCCAUCAGAGGAGUCUAAUGCAGUGAAGCCUGCUUGUGCUAAGACAACAUUUCACCACCAGGGGGAGACAACCACAAGCAUGACAGCAAACAUUCACUAUAACGACGAUGAGUGUACGGUGUGUAGGGACGGGGGGGAACUGAUCUGUUGUGAUGGAUGUCCACGGGCUUUUCAUCUGGGCUGCCUCGACCCUCCGCUCACAUCCAUACCGAGUGGCUCUUGGCAGUGUGAGUGGUGCUGUGGACACAGAGUGAAAAGAGAGAAAGCUCAAGUGCCUCUACAAGCGCUCUCCGCUCAGCCUCAGCAAGAAAAUGCAAGUUCUAGUAACUCCAUCACGGACGUCUCGUUCUUCUCCUCCUCCCUCACAAGUGUCGCGGCGUCUAUGAAUGUGACCAGUGGCAGAAACCAGUGCUCAGGCGGAGAGUUGGUCCUUCUGAGGGAGGUGUGCGGCGUUUGUCACCUCGGAGGAGGAGACCUGACUCACUGCCUUCAGUGUCUGGAGCGUUUCCACGUGCAGUGCCACUUCUCCAAAGGGAGGUCCAUCUGCCUGUCCUGCUCAAGGCCGUGGGCCGGCUCCGCAGAGAAGGAGGCUGAAUCCAGAGGUUUACAGCUCCCACCGGUGCCCCAGAACUCGAUCAGGCAUGAUCAGAGCGCCCCCGUAUCUGAGCCCGUCCUCCACAAAGACGAACUGGACUCCUUCCUGGGAUGUGAUCAGAGCUCCAUCGACGGCAUCUUGCAGUGGACUUUCCACAACAUUUCUCGGCCUCUUCCAGACUCUCUGGGAUACUACCAGUGACCAGCAAAAGCAAUACUGUAAAUAAACACCAAUGGAAUUAAUACCAGUUGAACGAACUCAUUAAACAAACCGAAUGAAUUCACGGAGCAGAGUAACGAUUGUUCUUGAAAUAAACGUGAUUGGACGUGUCAUUGCAUUGCAUGGCUGGAUUAACUUUUAAAUAUAUGCACUCGGGCCCCUGUCGACUAGUUCAUCUGCCAACCUUUGUACCAUGUGUAUGUACCCAGUAAUUGAGGGCAGUGCAACUAUGCAGCAAAGAUUUUACCAAACAAAACAUUAUUUUGAAAUUGUGCUCCAUGAACUGUAGCUGUAAACCAUAGCUCUAACUAGAUUUGGGUUUUAGCAGUACCUUUUUUUGUUGUCUGCCCUUAUUUUAACCCCAUAUAAAAGAUUUCCUGUGCAGCAUUGCAACAUAUUUGAAGAGGACCAACUCUCUCAGGGUCAGCAUUGACGUGGGAGCGCUGGCAGGGGGCCAUGGACAUCUCUACUCUGGCCAGACUUACCUAAAAAGCAGAAAUGCAGAAAGGCUUUCAUUUAACUUUAUCAUCCCUCCACCACUGGGCUCCAGAAAACUUUGGUGAUGUCACGCUUCGGCGGUUUACGUGUUUAUACGUCGAGGAAUAUUUUCUGUCAGUGUCUCCAGAGACAAGGCAAUGCUAAAUUACAACGGCCUGUGAACGCACACAUGAACAGCGGUCAAGAGGCAACGCUAACUUCCAUGCACAUGUGCUCAUCCUCCUCCUUGCAUUUGGAUCUGGAGAAGAAUUCUAACAUUUCACCAGAUGGUUUCAAUACAAUGAGGCAUGCACGCUGAGAAAUGCCUCCGUUUAACAGGAAUUCCUUGAGGACUAUAUCACUUAGAUGAGGAAUGUUGUUUUUGUCAUGCGAUUCAUGAAUGUUAGCAUGACUGCCAGAGGGAUGGAGCUCGGCCAGGCGGCGCGCGGAUUCUUCUCCCCUCGGUAUUCGGUUGCCAUGGCUCCCGGCUUCUACAGGCCCAAAACAGAGGAUGAGAAACAUGCUCUUUGCAGCGUGUGUGUGCACACACAGCUCUGUUUAUUUAUCAGUCCACUUUCUAAAUGGCUCAUGAAACAUCCUGCAUACUUGAGGGCUCUGCGUCCUUGAAGGGAAGGAGAGAGGAAGAAUAUUUCACACAAAGACACAAACAAAUCUGACACGAAUUAGCCCCAAAGUGUGUGUAAAUAGUAGAAAAUUGUCCUACUUGGAAUUGUGUCGUAACUGUAGUCGUAAAUGAUGCUCUCGUUUUCCAGUUCGCAUCAGCCGAAUAUUUGGCAUAGAAACCACCAGUAGGUGGCUCCCGUCUGAGACAGAUGCAGAACACUCGAGAUUUCACUGGACCGCGAUUCUCAAGAAACCGUCGCAAUAUGAUAAGAAGAAGAAGAAUUUCCUCCUGUAAAAUAACGUUUGCGCUUGUAGCAAAGAGUGAAUUGCCCCGAUUUUAUCAGAACAAAAGUCGGCUCCACAUACAAGGACAUAACGCAAUUUUGUGUCCACUAAAUUUGUUACACAGCUGUAACUACUACUCAACUGGGUUAUCGAACUUUUAUACACAAAUGUGUAAUCAGUUUAUACAACACGAUACAGAAUGAGAUUAGUGACCCCAUUCUCCGCACAUUGCGUUGCUAAACGUUGUGUACUUUAUGUAGAAGCCAAAUUAUACUUGUGAGGCCCAUUGCAGACAUUCCCACAUUCUUUUAAUGUUAAUUUACUUGCGUCAACUCUCAUCUUUGACCCGACCCUUCGUCUGAUACCAUGGAGAAGUGGGAGCAGUAUUUAACACAAACAUUUGGUGAGUACUGAUACAGUGUAUGUCCUAAAUGUUGUCGGCCUGAUUCACAAGUGUUGCAUCACACUCCAAAAGUCUUUCUUAUUUCCUGCCACACUACAUUCUUAAAUGUUGUCUAAUGAGACAGGUCACAGAGGUUGUCAGGGGUAUGAGUAGCAUGCUGCUUAACGUUUGAGUCACGGCUUUAUUUUGUCUGUAACUAACAGAUUUUUUUGUGUGUUGUAAUAUGUAGAGAAAAUGAGGAAAUAAACAAUUGAACAUUAGUUUACAUUCACUGACCUGUAAAAUUGUCACUGAGCAAAACAAGCAAAAAUAAACAUAUUCUUA